AUGGCUUCAAUUUUACCUGCUUCUAGUAGAUCCAUGAGACGUGACAAGAAUGCAUAUAAUGGCAAAAGGUUUGUGCAUGUGAAGAAUCCUUACCUGGAUGCUAUGGAGGAAGACAUUCUCUACCACUUGGAUUUAGGAACAAAAACACACAACCUACCAGCUAUGUUUGGGGACGUAAAGUUUGUCUGUGUCGGUGGGAGCGCCAAAAGAAUGAAAGCAUUUGCUCUGUUUAUGCACAAGGAGCUCGGUUUGGAGGGAGGUGGAGAAGACAUUGAAGACAUCUGUGCAGGCACAGACAGAUACUGCAUGUUCAAAACGGGGCCUGUGCUGUCUAUCAGUCACGGCAUGGGCAUCCCCUCCAUUUCUAUAAUGCUGCAUGAACUCAUCAAGUUACUGCACCACGCACGCUGCUGUGACGUCACUAUCAUCAGAAUUGGCACAUCAGGGGGAAUCGGGAUUGCCCCCGGGUCAGUUGUAAUAACAGACACAGCAGUAGACUCCUUCUUCAAGCCCCAGUUUGAGCAGGUCAUCUUGGACAAUGUCGUCACCCGAAACACUGAACUUGACAAAGAACUGACUGAAGAACUAUUCACCUGCAGCAAAGAAAUUCCCAACUUCCCUACCCUCAUUGGUCACACAAUGUGCACCUAUGAUUUUUAUGAAGGCCAAGGCCGACUAGAUGGAGCAUUGUGUACAUUUUCUAGAGAAAAAAAACUAGAUUACUUGAAGAGAGCUUAUAAAGCUGGGGUCAGGAAUAUUGAGAUGGAAUCUACAGUGUUUGCAGCCAUGUGUGGACUCUGUGGUCUCAAAGCUGCUGUGGUUUGUGUGACACUUCUUGACAGACUUGACUCUGACCAGAUCAACUUGUCCCACGACGUUCUGGUGGAGUACCAGCAGCGACCCCAGCUCCUGAUUGCAAAGUUCAUCAGAAAGCAGCUUGGUCUUCGUGACCAGAUGUCAUAA